CUGUAAGAAUUAUUUAGUUUACAUUAGAUUUUGCCAAGAAAAGACUAUUUAGCCAUAUGUAAAAUUGGAAGUAUUCAGUUUUGGAUAAAUUUUAUUCAUUUUGUGAUUCAGCAUUUUGAUUUUACUUCCUCGAUGAAUUAUUUCCCUUUCUGAGUUGAAACAUUCCCAGGAAAUGUGUUAUUUCAGAAACAACUGUCAUUGUGGUCCCCAUUAUACUUGUGGUCAUCCUAUUAGUGGUCAUAAAGGUUGUGUUCCUAUUUCUGCAAAGAAGUAUGAGCAAGGCCCUGCAUUCCAGUGGUGGGGGCGAGUUCAGACUGGGGCACCUGCAGGAACGGUGGCUCACCAUGGAGAAAAUGUUGUGGCCUUCAGCACGCCAGACUUUGUAUAUGACAUCUCUGUGGCACAGAAUGGGGAUGCAAUGGAACCAAAGUACAACAAAAUGGAGAAUUUCGAAGACUACAACAAACCAACCAAUUUCUCCACCCCAGUGUGUGACAAUAAAACAGGAUUAGAACCUGCUAAAUCCAUGCAAAUAAAAAAGGACAUCACCACUACCAGUCCCACUCACUCCAAUGGAGUAUUAGACAACCAGUCAUUAGAGAUCACAGUCCAUAUACCACAUAAGGAACUCUGUUACAACACUGAUGUUUUAGUCACUAAUAGAGAUUUAUGA